AUGGGCAAGAAAAAGUCAAGAAGCGACUACAACGACUUUCUAGAUGGCGAGAAGCUGCGCGACAACACGGAAAUCAGGACAUCACUACAAGGAUCUGGAACACAAAACUUUUCAUCUGUACCUACCGGCCAGUAUGCACGAGGAAGCAAGAAGAACGGCAAGGGUGGAGCAAAGAAACCUCCGCUCACCCACUUUUUGUGUCUGCCACUUGUCACAGACACUAGUAGGCCGCAGCUCCAAGAAGGACUGGAUCAGUUCGAAAAAGACCUAGCGAGCGAUAGCCCAGUACCCACCAAGGCUGUGCGACCAGUAGGUACACUUCAUCUCACCCUGGGGGUAAUGAGCCUGGAUGCAAAGGAGCUGGAAAAUGCCAAACAAUACCUGGAAGACUUGGAUGUGCAUACUCUACUCCGCGACAUUACCCACCGUCGCAUAGCUGAAAAGGCUGCCGAAGAAGGGAUAAUAGGAGAAAACCUCGUUCCUGCAGCCAUGCCAGAUACCGAUGCCUUGACCAUUAACCUAGAAGCCCUCAUGCCAAUGCAAGCACUAAACAAAACGAGUAUCCUCUACGCUGAGCCUCGGGAUCCAUCGCAACGUCUACCUUUGUUUGCCUCUGCAUUGAGAGAGCGAUUCACAGAGGCAGGACUCUUGGUUGCAGACACAAGACCGCUCAAGCUCCACGCUACCAUUAUGAACACAAUCUACGCAAAGCCUAAGCGUGGAAGAGGACGAUCGAAAUCGUCCAAAUUAAAACAUGGGCUGAAGCAUAUUGAACACAAAGUUUCACCUCAUCAUCGACACGACGGCGACGAUCACCACGAUGAAGGUGAUGAUGAUGGCACAUCAACGGUGGGCUCUGCAGAUGGUGAUCAAGACCAAGCUCAACCCGCAACAGGCGAAGGCCAUGGGCCCGAUGGAAAGAGCUGGAUGCGGUUUGACGCAACGAAUCUGGUUGAAAAGUACAAGGGCUUUGUAUGGGCGCGCGAUGUGCGCAUAGAUAGAGUCUGCAUUUGUGAAAUGGGCGCGAAGAAGAUUUGGAGUGGGUCGCAUGAGGGCGACGGAGAGAUCCUGGACGAGCAGUACAAAGCUGUUGCUGUGAAGGGUAUAUUCGAGUGA